AGAGACUCAGACGCACACACAGCAGCGCAGCAGCGGCCAGGAUAACACGAUUAGCGCUCUAUUAGGGACUGCUGCCGAGCCACCACUAGAUGCGGCGCUGGGAUCACAGUCCGGGGUGGGAGAAGAGAGUGCUAAAGGAGACGAGAGAAUGAAUCCACAGCGUGUCCGUCACCACAUGGGUAAAGUGGAGGGUCUGUGGUGGUUAUUGGCGUGCGUAAACGAGUUAUCCAAGCUCAGCUGCGCCCGGCACCCGCUUGACAGUGACACCGCUUAAUGUCUCAGAUUAAAUAAUCCUCGUCAUAACUUCAAAAGUGCACAAUGAAGCCGAUAAACGUCCAAACGCUGCAGAACAAGUACUCGAUCGACCUGCUUCAUCCCGCCGGCUCUGACUAGAACCUGACGAUUCACAGUGGAUGACCGCUUCUUUUUUUUUUUCUUUUUUUUUUUAUCAACCUCACGUGAAUCCGACGAGAGACGCCAGGAAGUAAAGGAGGAACGAACGGAAGGGAGGAAGGAACAAAAAAAUAGGAAGCUGAGGGAGCAAGGGAGGGCGGAAGGAAGCCGGUCCAAAACCGAUCAUCUCCGAUGGCAGGGUUGGACAACGAGACCACCAACGGGACCCUCUCGGUCCGUGCGCCCUACAGCCUGCUCACCUCAGUGUCCCUCACCGCGCUGGUGGGCCUGCUGAUCCUGCUCACCGUGUUCGGCAACGUGCUGGUGGUCAUCGCCGUGUUCACCAGCCGCGCCCUGCGGGCCCCGCAGAACCUCUUCCUGGUGUCGCUGGCGUCGGCCGACAUCCUGGUGGCCACGCUGGUCAUGCCCUUCUCCCUGUCCAACGAGCUGCUGGGCUACUGGUACUUUGGCAAGGUGUGGUGCGAGAUCUACCUGGCGCUGGACGUGCUCUUCUGCACCGCCUCCAUCGCCCACCUCUGCGCCAUCAGCCUGGACCGCUACUGGUCCAUCACGCAGGCCAUCGAGUACAACCUGAAGCGCACGCCGCGCCGCAUCAAGUGCAUCGUGGUGGUGGUGUGGGUGAUCGCCGCUGUGAUCUCCUUCCCGCCGCUCAUCGGCCUGGAGAAGGAGGUGGACAAGGAGGAGGGCCCCGUGUGCAGCAUCAACGAGGAGAAGUGGUACAUCAUCGCCUCCAGCAUCGGCUCCUUCUUCCUGCCCUGCGUCAUCAUGGUGCUGGUGUACGUGCGCAUCUACCAGAUCGCCAAGCGCCGCACGCGGGCGCCGCCCGGGAACAAGCGGGGGCCGCGGGAGAUGCAGGCCAUGAAGCCCGCUGCCGCGUCCGAGCGCAAGAAGAACGGCGUCGGAGGAGGAGGAGGAGGAGGAGGAGGAGGCGGCGCGGCGAGGGGAGGGGAGGAGGACGAGGAGGACGAGGAGGGGGAGAACAACGGCAUGGACCUGGAGGAGUCGUCGUCCUCCGACCACAAGGUGAGCCGGCCCUGCUCCCGCAAGUCCUCGGGGAAGACCAAGCUGAGCCAGGUCAAGCCGGGCGAGGGGGAGCGCACCCGCCGCCAGAGCACCAAGGGCAGCCGCUGGAAGGGGCGGCAGAACCGCGAGAAGCGCUUCACCUUCGUGCUGGCGGUGGUGAUCGGCGUGUUCGUGGUGUGCUGGUUCCCCUUCUUCUUCACGUACACGCUGACGGCGCUGUGCGACAGCUGCUCGGUGCCAAGCACCCUCUUCAAGUUCUUCUUCUGGUUCGGCUACUGCAACAGCGCGCUGAACCCCAUCAUCUACACCAUCUUCAACAACGACUUCCGCCGCUCCUUCAAGAAGAUCCUGUGUCGCGGGGACCGCAGGAGAUACGUAUGAACGAUUGUGGGGGGGGGGGGAACUCCCCUUUUAAGGACCUUUUUAAGGUUGUUUCUUUGUACAUUUCUAUACACACAAGCACCCUGUACAGUUCGGUGACAUGGCGCAUGGAUUCAUCAAGGCUUCAGACCCGUCUCGCGGAGUUCCCCCUGCCCCGCUCUCCCUCCCAGGCCCCGCCCCCCUGGAGUUCAGCAGAGCCCGUUCGAUCUUUCCAUUUUUGACUCGAAACGCCCCAAAAACACUCGCAGCUUGGACCAGCCCACCACGUUCCAAAGCACCGACGGCCCCGACCGCCGCCGCCGAUUGUCUCCUGUGGGUUUUAUACAGAUGAUGACAAAAUGGGGACCGAUGAGGCCAAUCAGAGGCGUGAUGAGUAUUGUGCCGUACGUUGUGUAAAAAUAACAAGAUGUGUGGAUAUGAUGUGUCUCUAUAUUUUUCAUGUUGUUUCCUGGAGUAUUGUGGCUCUUUUCUAUGAUGUGAUGAUGGUGACGAUGUGGGUGAUGGGCGGGAGGCUGGUCUGUAAAGAAUAAACCCCAUUUCCCUGUG